GUGGCGGGCGGGCCAAGGCCGGCCCAGGCGCCGGGGGCGGUUCUGACUCCCUACCCUUCCUCCCUGGACCCUCUGUCCUUUGCACAGAGAGCUGGACGCAGGCCCAGGAGCACCGGCAAGAAACUGAGCUACUACUCUUGGCCUUCCCUGAAUCUCUCCGACCUCAGCUUCUUCCUCUGCUCACCCACCGUGCAGAACCAUGGCCAGCAAAGGUAUCCAGGGAGAGCACCCGUCUGUGACACUGUUCCGUCAGUACUUGCGUAUCCGCACUGUCCAGCCAGAGCCCGACUAUGCGGCAGCUGUGGCGUUCUUGGAGGAGCAGGCCCACAAGCUGGGCCUGGGCUGUCAGAAAGUGGAGGUGGCACCUGGCCGUGUGGUGACCGUGCUGACCUGGCCAGGCACCAACCCCAAACUCUCCUCCAUCGUGCUCAACUCCCACACAGAUGUGGUACCCGUUUUCAAGGAGCACUGGAGCCAUGACCCCUUUGAGGCCUUCAAGGACGCAGAGGGCUACAUCUAUGCCAGAGGCACUCAGGACAUGAAGUGUGUUGGCAUCCAGUACCUGGAGGCUGUGAGGAGGCUGAAGGCUGAGGGCCAACAUUUCCCCCGGACCAUCCACAUGACCUUUGUGCCAGAUGAGGAGAUUGGGGGCUACCAAGGCAUGGCACUCUUCGUGAAGCGACCAGAGUUCCAGGCCCUGAGGGCCGGCUUUGCCCUAGAUGAGGGCCUGGCCAAUCCCACUGAUGCCUUUACUGUCUUUUACAGUGAACGGAGCCCCUGGUGGGUGCGGGUCACGAGUACUGGGAACCCAGGCCAUGGCUCACGCUUCAUCGAGGACACUGCAGCAGAGAAACUGAACAAGGUCGUGAGCUCCAUACUGGCCUUCCGGGAGAAGGAGCAGCAGAGGCUGCAGUCAAACCCCCACCUGUCAGAGGGAGCCGUGACUUCUGUGAACCUAACCAAGCUAGAGGGCGGUGUGGCCUUUAACGUGGUUCCUGCCACCAUGAGUGCCUGCUUUGACUUCCGUGUGGCCCCGGACAGGGAUCUGAAGGCUUUUGAAAAGCAGCUGCACGAUUGGUGCCAGGAAGCUGGCAAAGGGGUCACCUUCGAGUUUGCCCAGAAGUGGGAGAAGCCCAAAAUUACACCUGUUGAUGACUCAAACCCCUGGUGGGCAACCUUUAGCAGGGUCUGCAAGAACAUGAAUCUCACUCUGGAGCCCAAGAUUUUUCCAGCCGCCACAGAUAGCCGUUAUCUCCGAGCGGAGGGGAUCCCAGCCCUGGGCUUCUCGCCCAUGAACCGAACCCCGAUACUGCUGCAUGACCAUGAUGAGAGGCUCCACGAGGAUGUGUUCCUCCGCGGGAUCGACAUCUACAUGCAGCUGCUCACUGCCCUGGCCAGUGUGCCUGCCUUGCCCAGUGACAGCUGAACCAGCCACCAAGAUCAACCCCUGGAAAUUCCACCCUCAACAAUGGCCAAACCCCUCUUCCCUAUAAUAAAAUCUGUGGACAGGGGCUACCUACCCCCUAGUACCAACAGCAAAAAUGUUCAUGGAA